CAAUAAUGUCAAACUCUUAUAUGGCUAUGAUCGCCGGCGAAAGUAAUUGAAAUCUAACAAUGACGGCGAGUGAGAAUAUCGCCGCCGCGAUUAAUCAAAUUGAUGAGAAGAAGGAGAAGCUAAAGAAAGCUUUCGACGAUCUUCAGUCACACAGAUCCCUCCUUUCACCUUCUUUCUCUCUUUCCUGGUCUGAGAUCGACUCUCACUUUUCCUCUCUCCAAUCCUCCCUCUCUAACCGAUUCCGCCUCCUCCAGUCUGCAACGUCUUCGGAAGAUGAAUCGUGUAGACUCGAUACUUCGGAGGCAGGGGAAUCGUCGGAGAGGGUAGCGGAGGAAUCCGCUGUUGAGCCGGAGUUGAGAACGUUGUGUGAGAAGAAUGACGGAAUUGGUUUGAUCACGUAUUUGAUUCGUUGUUGGGAUGAUGAUGCGCCUCUUAAUCUGGAGGUUUCUGCAGCGAUUCGCUACUCUCACAAUCCGGCAUCAAUGGUGGUUGACGCAAUCGACGGUUUCAACCAGAAGAAGCACACUCCAUCGUCGUCAUCGGGAAAAUCAUUCGAUGUAAGGAGAAUCUUCGUUUUGUUAAUGGAAGCUUUGAUUGAGAUCAAUGCAGAUAUCACGGAUGAUACGAGAAAGAGAGCUAAGAAACUGGCUUACGGUUGGAAAACGAAGAUAGAUACUAAGCCUUUUGAGGCGUUAGUGUUUUUGCAUUUAGUCGCAGCUUUCGAGUUAGGAUCUGAGUUUGCCUCAGAGGAGCUUUCGGGUUACGUUUUCAUGAUCGCUAGGUACAGGCAAGCAACUUCUGUGUGUAACAAGAUUGAUUUAGGCAGCGAAAUAGUUGGAAAACUAAUCAGGAAACUCUUGGAUUCUGGUAAGCCAAUCUUGGCAGUCAGAUUCAUGUAUGAGUGUGGGAUGACUGAUGGAUUCGAACCAAUCCCUGUUUUGAAAUCUUACAUUAAGGAUUCGAGAGAAGCUGCUCUUAGAGUUUGCACAGAAGAUAACUACUCUCUCAGGUCACAGAACGAAGCCAUCGAUAAAGAACUCAGUGCAUUGAAAGCAGCGAUCAAAAUCAUCAAAGAUCAAAACCUUGAAUCCGAGUUUACUCAGGAGAAAGUUGAGGAGCGUGUAGAGGAGCUGGAGAAAUACAAGGCGCUGAGGAAACGCAAUGCCACUAAUCCUCCCCAGCAAGAGUCACAGCAAAAGGAGAAAAAGCGGGCUCGAGACUGCAAUGUGACACAAGUUUCAGCUCCGAGUCAGCAGCUACUUCCUAGACCAGAAGCUCUUCUUAUGCCUGAGCAUAGUCAUCAUGGCUUACCGUUAAACCCUUAUGGUCUUAUGACCUCAGCAUAUACUGGUGUUGUUGUGAACCCAUUAGCUGGGCUCCUUGGUUCAGCUGCAACUCCUCAGCCUAUUUACUUUGCUCAACAAACUGGAUUGGUGUUGCCGCUCCAAUACCAACCACCUUAUUAUUCUCAGUAGCAGCAUAUGAACCUUCAGAUGUUAAUCUCCUCAAUGCAAAAUGCAGUUGUAGAUUAUAGUCGGACUCUGGACUUGUCUGGUGUAAAUUUAGGAUUUUCAUUUUGUGUGAUGAAAACUAAAACAUAAAAAUCAACAGCUCUUUUUGUGAUA